UUGCGUUUCUUCUCAUUGAUUAUUUUAGUAGUGAUAACGUCGAUUUGUGGUCAGGAUAAUGCUGAAGUGAAUAUUCGUGUUUCUGGUGCUUGUAGUCCAAUAUAUUUAUCUCGAAAAGGCGUAGAAAUUGCAAGAUUCAAGCCAUCGAUUCGAUUUAAUCCCGAUAAGAUCAUACUUGAUCCAAAGAAUCCUGCCAUACCAGGAUGCAUGAAAAUUAAAGCGCUCGGUGUCGAGAUUGUAAAGCCAGUUAAAAAUUUAGUGGCUGAAAUCGAGAUGCGAAUUGGCGGAAUGCCUGAUCCAGAACAACCAGUCUUACCAUGUUCGAAAAAAAUUGAUGCGAAAGUCAAUCAAUGCCCAUGCGCUAAAGUCGAAGGAUCUUGCGUCUUUUGCGAUUUUUGUCGUCAAAUAAGCACACAUUCUUCAUCAUCGGUCGUAUUCCGAGAAAAUUCAGCGGCUAAUCGUAAAAUUAAUGAUGAAACAUGCAAAUGCGAAGUAAUGUUACCUGGUUUUUACGAUAUUGAAACAGAAAUGUGUACGCCAGAACUAAAUGAUAUCAAGGAAUAUAUACCUCCAGAAAUUCACAGUGAUAUUGUUGAAAAACGACCGAUCUCAAUGUUUAUCACAGUAUAUUUAAUGGAUUUGGAGCAACGGCCUAAUGAAUCUUAUUUAUCAGCGUUCGGUCAGGCUUUGCUUCGAAGGCGUAUGGCGCAAAGUACUGUGGCUUGUUUCCUAAUGGGAAUCGAUGUCAAGCUUAAUACUGCAAGUGGUACAAAUCAGUCAGAAUCAUAA